CUUGACGGUCAUUUUCCUUUGCCGGCAAACCCACACUGCCGCGUUCGAUCACUCCUUGAACAACUUCAACGCGCAAGAUUUAUCUUCCCAGAAAGGCGACUAACUGAAGGUGUUCUGAAGGAUGGCUGAAGAAGGAAGUAGUUCUCCGCUCUCCUCCGUCCUCUCUUCUCCUCCGGUCUCACCUCCCCGGAGCAUUGAUACUGCUGCGCGGGUGGUUUUGGAGGAGAUAGCAGCCGAAGAGUCAACGGUCGAGGAACCAGCAGUCGAGGAACCAGCAGUCGAGGACCCAGCAGUCAAGGAACCAGCAGUCGAGGACCCAGCAGUCAAGGAACCAGCAGUCGAGGAACCAGCAGUCGAGGACCCAGCAGUCAAGGAACCAGCAGUCGAGGACCCAGCAGUCAAGGAACCAGCAGUCGAGGAACUAGCAGUCGAGGAACCAGCAGUCGAGGAACCUACAGUCGAGGAACCUACAGUCGAGGAACCUACAGUCGAGGAACCAGCAGUCGAAGAAUCAACAGUCGAGGAACCAGCAGUUGAGGAACAUACAGUCGAGGAGCUAGUAGUCAAGAAGCCAGCAACCAAAAAGCCAGCAACCAAAAAGCCAGCAACCAAAAAGCCAGCAACCAAAAAGCCAGCAACCAAAAAGCCAGCAACCAAAAAGUCAGCAACCAAAAAGCCAGCAGUCGAGCAAGGACAUGUCAAGGAGUCAGAGGUUCAAGGACCUGAAGAACCUGAAGGAGAACCGGCCACGCCGUUGGCGGCAUCAAGUGCUUGCCCUGAAAACAAGACAGAAUUUCGACCAUCUGAUCAGUUAGAAGCUCGGCAACCAGAAGAGAAAGCGUCUACAUCCUGGGCCGCCAUAAAUCUCCCACCACAGAAACUACGAUCAGUCGAUAAACCAGAAGUUCCAACACGUGAAGAAGAACCAACCGCCCCAUCAGCUGCGCCAAGUUCCGUCCCCAAGAAGAGAAAAUCAUUGCCUGAAGCAGUCAGUUUUAAAGGAGGUGUGGCUGAUUCACGCAAUAUCCUCAAACCAAAACUGACGAGGGGCGCGUGUACUCCUUGCCGUGAGAACAAGCUGAAGCCGCGAAAAGGAGUUUCAGCAGCGGCUCGCCCAGUUUCGUCCAAGGCCGAGGCCGUUCCAGCGGAUGUGGGCGAGCCAAAAGCUUUGAGUCCGCCGGAUGCGCAUGCGGAUUCGGCAGUACAGGACCUGGAGGUUGAGAAGGAAAUCGCCACACCGGCAAUCAAAGCAGCAACAGUCGCCGAUUCCUCGAUCAAUGGACAGGGCUUCAAAGGUCCGAAAAAUGAGGACCCAAGUACAGUGACGAAAAGGGCACGCAAAAGGACAAGUGGGCAAACGCCAGAGGAAGCCGCCCUUAACAACGAUGCAUGGAGUUCGAAAGUUACACGUCAUUCUGGAAGCAGUGAUGAGCAGUUGGGUACUGAGCUCGGAAAGCGUAAAGCCUCGGACCAGGACAAAUCUAGCACUGCCAAAAGGCCACGACAUGCCGGAGAAGCGCCAAAGAAAACAAACCUGGACAGAAAGUGGGGAGCACCUUUCGUCUAUACCGAUGAGAAAUCACCUCUUACCAAUGCUGAUCUCAGAGCGAUCCUACUGCUUCCGCGAGCAUGGGAGGUGUUGACACCAGAUGAGAGGAAAGACAUCCUCGCUAAAUUCCCCGACGACAGCCAUAUCUUGGACCCAGGGACCGAAAUUGCCCGACCGGAUCUUGUCUCCUUGCGCAACAAUGAUCACUUCAGAUACGAUUGUGCUCGCUACCUCGAAAACAUUGAGCGGGGUCGACAUGAUGAACAAUGGCUUCAGGAGGCCUGGGUCGCUCAUGAAAAGCACAAACGAGGCGAUUAUGACGAUUUUCUGAUAAAGGAGUUUGAGAACGACUGGGCGACAAAGAUACCAGAGGAGUUGCUUCAAAAGACCAGCCGUAAGAAUGAGACGCUCGAGACAGAUGCUACUGUAGCAGUGUCCGAGAACAAGGCAAUAACAAAGGAACAGCACAAGGCUCUUCCUGGACGCACCAAGAGCGCUUCAGUGAUACAAGAAGUACCUCCUGCCGAUACAGCAUCUGUUGUUAUGGCCGAGACGAAUACAAGCCAUAUCGCUGAUUAUCACCCCAACGGUCAUGAAAAAUCCGAUACGAACGGGGCACGGUAUACCGAACUACGGUUCGAAGUACCACACGAGGUUGAUUGAUGCUUCUUCGAAGCAAUAUAACACAGAAUACCAGCGAGGAAGACGUAUGCCGAUCUUCGUCUAUGACGGGUCCCGACUUUGAAGCACCGCCGCAUCUAUCAGUAAUUAAUAUACCAUCCCAACUAUAAAGAAUGUACAGAUCUCAGUCACUUGAACGAACUUGGACGGUAAUUAGGGAAGCGUAAAGUGACCACAGUCGCAGGAUAAAGAUCCAGGGCCACGAAUACAUGAUGAUAACUGGAAAAGCGCAAUUUACGGCGGAGAGGACAUGCGUAGAGUCAGGCUUAUGUAGUAUCCAACCCUUUUUCGGC